CAGAUAGGUCCCGAGUUCCACAAGCGCACAACAAGGGGAUCGUAAUCUUCGGGUCGCGUGGCGCGCGUCGCAGGGAUGUGGCGGUUGUCGUCCAGAUGUCCACUGAAGUGGCGGUAAAGCACGAUAAUCGCAUAUGGAUCGUAAGAGAAAGCCUACGUUUCGGCGAGGAGCGAGCGGAAAGGUGGUAGACGGUGCUGAAAUGACGCAAUUUGCUCCCUAACGCCUGUUAAUCAUCCAGUUUGAGGGUGGGCCGAUACCAUUGUCAUCAUAAUGAAUCGAGAAAACGAGGAACAGCGACCGGUCCCUCAGACGCUGUGCGGCGCGCUGCAAAAGGAACCGAAUUGCAAAUGCCUGGUACUGACGGUCCUUAUAUACGGCUGUCUCGCGGCAGUAACAUGGUGCAGAUGUGCCAAUGUUACCAAGAUUAUGGUCAACUACACCAAGUACCCCAUCAGAAGUACGAGGCACGUAUCAUCGCCCUGUGAUGACGGCUAUAUAUAUAUUCCGGUGGCAUUUAUGGGGAUGCUGUAUCUGGUUUAUCUGGUGGAGUGCUACCACUCGCCAAUCAGAAUUGAUCUACUGCACGCAGAGAGCCAGGACAGCGUACUGUCCAAAUUGGCGCAGCUAAAGAUGGCACAGCCGCGGAUAUGGUGGAAAGCAGUUUCCUACCACUACGUGCGCAGAAAACGACAGAUCACGCGUUAUAGGAACGGAGAUAAUUAUACUACCACGCAGGUCUAUUACGAGAGGGUGAACACACACUCGGCCACCACCCACUACUAUUACGACUAUUGCGGAGUGAAGGACAUCAGUAAGGAACUGAUACUCGAGGCCAAGAUACCGAUUACGAAGAUCACGCUUACGAAGGGCUUCGCGUUUUCAAACAUAAGGUCCGCUACGGAAUUCGAGGAAGCGCGAUCACGAUUUUUCGCUGAACAAGAACUUAGUGAUGAUUACAUGGAAAUGAGAGAAGGUCUUGAUCUCGGAUACAAUGUCAACACAAUGUUGGUUGCCGUUCUCGGUAAUCCGUGGUUCACAAAUCGUUACGUGUAUUGGUGUCUAAGUGCCUUGUUGCUUAGCUGGCCGUUAAGAGUAAUCAUCGAGUACAAAACGCAAUACGUCGAUUAUCAGGUUACCAAACUGUUUGGUGUAAAUUACGAUACACCGACCUCCGGCGAACCCAUCCACGCAUCUAUAAGUCAGUUAAGCCAGCCAGGCUCCUACAUGCUGGCGCCCAGUUACAGCGAAGCGUUACUGAUGGAACCGGCAACACCUCGCAACGACGGAUCGGAACAAAGACAGGAAAAUUGGCAAAACCGAGGUGAGACAAACGUCGCGACUGACAUGGUGCCCAGUUACUCCGAGGCACUUCUUUACGAGCGUGCCGAACCGUACGAUCGUCGGAAUGUCAUCGCGAGUAACGUCGCUGCUGGAUGUGCGAGCAACGUGAUAAUACCCUGCAGUCCCGUGGACGAUUCGAGACGAAUGCUACCGAUGCCAUGCGAAUGCCACUGUCCCUGUCCGUGUCAUGGACAUACGAAUGACUAUAACGACGCGAGGAUGGACGAGCGUAGCUACAUUGAGAUCGCAACCAGUCGAGAGCACUUGCCAAGCACAAGCACCGAUGUCGGCGAUACCUUCGAGAGUGAACUGGCGACACUACGGACGACGGCUGACGGUCGAUUACAUCCCCCUGCACCAAGCAAAGCACCACCACAUUCUACGAACGAUCUUCAGGGCGACGCGUCUCCAAGUAGAUGCAGCAGCUGCGGCAGAAUUUCCGCCAGCACGCAAACGAUCAACACUGACGUUAUCCUGCCUCGCGUUACCGCUAAGAACAAGUCUAACGAAGGUUCACAGACCUUGUCAACGGAUUUCGCUUCCGGCACAGCAUUCGAGAGAGAACAUCGGACUAUAUCGCGCGACAUUUCUGAACCAAACUUGAGAUCGCGAUCGGAACUGAUAGAUACGCUCCCGAAGGGCAAUGUUAGGAGUCUGGAAAAUAUACUGGAGAACGAAGAGGAGCUACCGAAACCUGGUAAAACCAGCUUUGCCCAUCGAAUCUUCGAAUCGCCGAAUGUAGAGCAACCGAAUCUUCCGUAUGAUAGAACCCAUCCUCCUGAACGCCAGAGGAGAUUCCCGACUUCCCUUCCGCCUUCCUUGACUCACCAUCGUUCCCUCUCCCUUGACGAGACGACCGUCUCCCCAAGGAGUACAGGUGCCAUUCCGAAAAUCGAGCCGCGCAGCAGAAUAGUGGUGAAUCCUAUGUCGAACGAGGCCUGCUGGAAGCUACCCAACUCGAAGACAUAUUUCUGUUUGAAAUCGAUCCUGAAGCAAAACAGACGUAGUUACACGCUGGUGACCGCGGACGAAUUUCAGAAUCUUGCUGAACAACAGGAGCAUGCUAAUCGUGCUCUCGGCGGAUAUCCCGAUGGUGCCAACAGAGGCGAGAAGAGUGAUUGCGAUGUUCAGGCUGACAAAGCGACCGAGCGUUCGCGCUCGAGAGAGAGACUAAAUCCCAGGAGGAGGAUGCCAUCCUUCGAGGAAUUUAUGUCGGGAAGGGACAAAAUGUAUAUCAAUGAUCAGAAACAAGAAAGCACCAGAACGCUUAUUUUCGCCAGUCCGAUACAAGAAGUCUUCCCUGGUGAUCCUUUCGGCGGGAAGGACAUCGUGCCGGUGAGAAAUUUGAGGGAGCGUAGCGCAAGAGAUCUCGCUCUCGCGAACGAUCCGGCGACGCUCCCUCGACCAGGUCGAUCACUAGCCGCGCGAGGCGCGAGGCCAUGCCUUCCGACCGAUUAUAGUAGAAGUCCAUUCCGGCCCGACAGCACCGCGUAUCCACAGCCGCACGUUAUGCAUCCCUCGUAUUGGAACGAAAGAGAGCUCCACUAUCUUUUACGUGGCAAACACCCGCUUGAGUCAACUAGCGGUUCCGCUAGAAUGGUGGAGGAGACACCGCGAGCGUAUCGAAACGACGUCUCGUGUCCCACCCACGACGGACUGCAGCACUCGGAACGCGCGAACAGAUGGUCCACGAGCUCGAAUGAGUACGACGAUAGACCUCGCGAGGGUUAUCCUUCGACUAAUUCAAAGUACAUGUCGAACAGAAGACGUCAAGCUGGCUUAACCAGGUCGCUUACUGAGAGACAGACGCCGAGGGUCGCUCGUCUCGACAGGAACUUCCGGCGGAGCUUCACAGGCCGAGUGGAAGAUUACAGAAUGGAAAACGCCAGACGGACGAAUCUCAGCAUCGAGACGUCAUUGUAACGAGCGCGUCGAUUCUCGGGGUGCCAAUUGCAUCGAUCUUGGUUAAACGUAACCGCGGUUAAUUUCUCUGCUGUAGAAUGCUUUUCUAAAAUCGCCGUAAAAAAUUUAUUCAGGCCGAUAUUCAUAGUCGAGUCUUAUUUUAAGAUCGUCUCAAGUAAUGUCUUAAAAUGCUAAAUACGGCUCUGGUUGAUGACAUCUUAACACAGUACUUAAGAUAAUCUUAAAUAUACGAUUCUACUAUGAAUACUGGACUCAGUAUUAAAUAUUCGAUUGUGUGAUAAUUGACCAUCAAGGGAAAGAAUAUUGUAGCUCUGUUAGUUCUAAGGCCUGUAUUCAUAAUUGAAUCUUAUUUCAAGAUCAUCUCAAGCAAUGCCUUAAGAUGCUAAGUUGUCGAUGCUAUAAGUUAUUGAUUCUUAAAUUUCAGAUCAUCAGUAUUGUUUUAAGAUAUCGCCAUGAUGAUAUCUUAAAACAAUACGAUGAUCUGAAAUUUAAGAAUAGACUAUAAAUACUGGUUUAAAGUUUACAGCUAUAUAAACUAUUGGUAUCUGGAGAAUUUCAUGAAACAAAAGCAAUCUUAACUUUGUAUAAACAACGACGUAAAUUUUACGAUAUAUUUUAUGAGCAUCUUGAUAAGUAAAUGAACAAAAUGAAUUAAAAUGAACAAAAAAGAAACCGCAGAUUGUUAACUGGGAGAUCGAUUAAUCCAGAUCGUUAGUGCAACUCACUCCUAGAUAAGUUUGCUAAUUUUCCUCCCUGUCUACAGUAUUAUAAAUGAAACUAUAAUCUAAUUAGGACAGGGAGUCACUGGGGAUUUAGCUGACACGAACUGUCGCGAUGACUCAGCCUUAAAUUGUUACUGCUUUGUUCCACGCUACUUGUAUCGUAAGUAUCCGUCCUACUACUUUACGAAUUAAUCAGAUACGCGAACGGGUUAUGCAAUUUUUUCAAAGGACACUCCAAUGCGGGCUAUUGCCCUUAGCGCCUUCGCUUAAAGGCACUCUCGAAAGAGGACCACGUUACGCACAUUUUGGAAUUUGACAAUCGGUUGUCGAAGAAGCUUGAAAAAUAAAAAGGUUCGAGCGUAUGUACACGUGCAUUUAGUGUUAAAUACGAAUUAUCGUUAAGAAUAUUAAAUUUAUUUUUUUAAUGUUUAUUAUAAUCGAGGAUAGAAUUUUAUUUAUAAUUUUAUGUACUAUUAUAUAAUAUAAGAAAUAAUUUAAAAAUUAGAAUUUUUUAUUUAAUGAAUAAUGAAGUAAUAAAUUUCGUCAAAAUUAGGACUAUAUCCAAAAUUAAAAUAAUAUAUUUUUAUUUUGGAUAUAGUCCUCUUACAACAAUUUUCUCUUACGACAAUUGCAUACAUUUUUACAAUUAACUUAAUCUAAACUUAUCUAAAACUUAUUCUAAACUUAAUUUGUUUAUAUUAUUUGUACACAGAGCCAGUCAUCUCUUUUCUCUACAUACAUUGAAAUUGUCUAUUUACAUCUCUAUAUACUUUUCCCUUUCUUUUUCCCUUAUCUCCUUCCCUUUUUUCCCUUUUUUUUCUUAUAUUUUUUGUUUUAUCUUUUUCUCACCUCUCUCUCUCUCUCUCUCUCUCUCUCUCUCUCUCUCUCUCUCAAUUUUGAAUUUUUUUUUUGUUGAGUGUUAUUAGUUAUAAUCGCAUUUAAUGUUAAAUGUACAUACGCUGUGAAUACAGAACAUAUACCAAAGUGAAUAGAAAUCUGAUCGUUGGACAGAACACGUCAAGCAAAAUGACGAUCAUGCUUGAAUCCAUGUAUGUAUUAUACAAUUAAUUUUUUGGGACAAUGUGCCUCGCUAAUUUAGUCAAGCCAAUUUGAAAGUUAACGCGCAAUUUACAAUUAGGCGUAUACGCUAUUUGAAAGUCAAUUACGUAUGCAAGUUGUUACGAUUUGCGGUAAGCAAUGUUUCCUUAGAUUAUUAGUUUAAUUGACUUUUAUGUUUAAAUUCGUUGCCUGCGUUUCGUAAAUAUUGCAAAAUUUACGAAUAUUUUGUACAUUUUGAACGAAUUUGAUUGAUUUAUUCGCAUUAAAUAUAUUCUAUAAGUCUCAAAUAGAAUUCUAAAACGAUUCAAGCAUGUUUCAUAUGUUGUUAUACACGUUUUUAAGUCUCUUUAUUCAAGCAGAACAAAAAAUAAUCAUAAAAUCAAAAUGGCAUUAAAAUAAUAUUAAAUGUCACUUUGUGGUUUAAUUACAAUAAAAUUUAACAUCUUUUUGACGUUAUAAUACUGUUUUGCUUAGGUAUGUUUUAUUAAUUAUUUAUAACAAUUUAUUAGAAUUACUUAUAAAAAUUAUAAAGAAAUUUAUAUUAUAUAUAAAAGUAAUUAAUUGUAACAUUAUCUUUCUCCGAGUUUUGCUUGUUUAUAUUUGCCUCAGUAAAAUGAGCACAGAAAUUAGUUGAAAUGCUGACAACUAAAAAUGUAUACCGGAUGCAUAGCGAUAUCAGCAUCCACACUUCCUCAUACAUUUUAUUUUAAUAGGUCAUGUUUAAACAUAAAACAUAAAUGAUAAAUCAAGGAUUUUAUUUGUCACCAUUGUGAUUGUAUUUAAGUUUAUAUAUGUCACGCUUUAUAGAAAAUAGAUGAAACGAUAAGGAUUAUAAAAAUUCGUUCUAUAUAUGAAUCAAAUUUAUUUUUUCUUAUAGAUUUUCUUUUUAAAAUUCUCAUUUUAGCAAUAUUGCUGUAGAAAAAGCAGUAACAAAAAAAAAGUCUAUUUAUUAAACCGCUCAAAAUUAAAAGCUCGAUAUCGUGGAACGAAUUUUAUUGUUGACUCCUUUCGAAACGUCUAUUUUUCUCGUUUGUUACGAAACUAGUUUACAUGUAAACAAGUAUAGAUUCGUUGAAGCCAAUUGUACAUUUUUCCUACAGAUAAGGUAAAGCGAAGUAAUCUGAUGUUAAGCGAUAGCUCAAUUAAUUAACAUUGCACGCGAUUAUUAUCGUCAAGUUAAAUACGCGCGAUGACCAGAAGAACGCGUCGAAUUUUUGAUAGUUCACUUUCAAUCAUUAAAAAAAAAAUCGGCGCGUACGGACGCGCGCUUCGCACAUACAUACACACAUACACGCACACGUUUUACCAACAUAUGCCUUCGUCGUGUAUUUAUACGUAUACUUUGAAAUUGUAAUGUUAAGGUUAAAAAAAAGAAGCAGCGUCUCGCAAGAAUUAACGUGAGUCUAGAGUUUGAAAUGCCUCGACCUUAAAUUCAUAUUAAGUUCAUCACAUCAGUAAAACUUUUACAAUUAAUUCAUCUCCAUUUUUUCCCUACAAACAGCAAAAAUGGAUAUGGUAAAUAACAAAAAAUUGAUUAUUUUAUCUGCGCUAAUAAAAUGUUACUGGCCAUUAUUGGAUACAUCCCAGAUAAUGCUAAAUAUUCAUGAAAUAAUGUUUAUAAAGUCCCAAAGUAACAUUCCAAGAGUAUUUUAGUGUGUUCAGAAAUAUUUGCAGAAUGCAGGAGCAUUAUUCCAAUAUUAGUGAACAUGUUUGUAUCCAUAUUUUAGAUCAAAGAAUAUUUAAAGAACAUAUAACAUAUAUAUAUAUAUAUAAUUGUUAAAUAUUCGGAUGUAAUUCUUUAAGGAAUACUAGGUUUCUAAAUUAAUUAUUUAACAGAGAGUUAAACAAAAUUAUAAUAUCAAAAUGCUUUAUUUAGGUCAUAAAAUUAUAAGUGCUGCCAAGAGCCAACGUAAAAUAAUCACUAAUGUGUGCAUAAAAAUUUUAUUUAUAAAAAAAUAAAAAAACUUUAAUUUUUAGUUUAGGACAUCGAAUUGAUAUUGAAGCGCAGAUAGAAUUUAUAAAAAUCGCACGAAAUAAAAAUAUGGUGCAUUUCUAUUUCUUUAUUAAUUGAAUACUCAUGUUUUAAUCCAAUAUUAUAAGAAAAGACUCAAACAGUACAAAAUACAAUGUGACAUUUCCGCAAUAUUACAGAAACAUUGUAACAUUGCUGGAAUGUUUUGUUUCAUAUGGCGAGACAAAAUUAAAACACAUUGUGCAUAGUAUUGGAAAAAUCAUAUUUUAUUUACUUUUAUUUUGAAGCUUAUAUUUUUGAGAAUUCAUUUUCAAGAAAUCUUUUUAUUAGAACAUCUCGUAAUGUGGUUUUUCACUUUAUUUCAUAAUUUUUAUCUAUAAGAACUACAGCUAGGUCCGUCGCGCAUUUAUCUGGCGACAAAGAUAUAUACUGCUCUGAACAUUUUAUUAACAUUUGAACAUUCCAUGAACAUUAAUUCUUUUAUUCAUCUGUAUAUACAUAUGGAAUACAUCGAAACAUUUUGUUAAUAUUUAAUUAUUCUGGGAUAAUAUCAUCGAUUAAAUUAAUUGGAAUAUUACAAAGUCAUCUUUAAAUCGCUGCUUCGAGGCUGAUUUGUAGAUACAUGGAGUGUCUUUACACACAUCCUUUUAUUUAUAUGUAUCAAUUUAAAAAAAAAUUAGGACUUCCUGUGUAGAUUAUACCCACGUUAAAGAUUCUAACGAUACGUGACGGAUAAUAUGUGAUAACUUAAUCGUUUCAGCCUGAGACAUUAAAGGAUACGAUAAUCAAAUGUGAUACAUCAAAACAAUUUUAAAAAACAUCAUACAUUGAGAAACUUUAGGCUCAUGUUCAUAUUCGGUGCGUUAAAAGGGCAUGUAUGUACAUACACCUACACGAGUCAAAACCAAAUCUAACUGCGAAUUUUUUACGAAAAAGACGGAAAGAAAUAGAAAUAGCAUGUAUGUUUAUUUUACUGUAAAGAUUAGAUUUUCUCUUUAUUUAACAUUUUAAUUUUAUUAAAAAAUAAUAUAAAAUCGCUAUUAAGGUUUUUCUAAUUCGUGUUUUUAAAACGUAUUUACAGUGACUACUGCUUAUUUUUUCAUGGAACUCAUUAGUAAGCAAAAUGGCGUAAAAGUUUUAUAAAGUUGAAUAUCCCUGGUAGCAUAAAAUAUUGGCGCAAUAUUAAAAAGUAAUGUAAGGCAAUAUCCUUAAUAAAGAGUCCAAUAUCGGAAA